AUGGAUGUUACAGAAAAGGACGCCGGCCGGGCUGAGGGGGGCCGGGGCAGAGCCUCCCCGGCCGUGAACGCGGAAUUUUUCAAGGAGCUGGUGGAACUCCGCAAGCUGUUCUUCCCCAAGCUGGUGAGCGCCGAGCUAGGCUUGCUCUGCCUGCACUCGGUCGCUCUGGUUUCCAGGACCUUCCUCUCCAUCUACGUGGCCGCCCUCGACGGGAAGAUUGUGAAAAGCAUCGUGGAGAAAAAGCCCCGGAGCUUUGUCUUCAAAUUAAUCAAGUGGCUGAUGAUUGCGAUCCCGGCCACCUUCGUGAACAGCACCAUCCGGUACCUGGAGUGCAAGCUGGCCCUCGCCUUCCGCACGCGCCUGGUGGAUCACGCCUAUGAGACCUACUUUGCCAACCAGACUUACUACAGGGUGAUCAGCAUGGACGGGCGGCUGGCCAACCCUGACCAGUCCCUCACUGAGGACAUCAUGAUGUUCUCCCAGUCCGUGGCACACCUCUACUCCAACCUCACCAAGCCCAUCCUGGACGUCGUGCUCACCUCCUACACCCUCAUCCGCACGGCGCGGUCCCGGGGGGCUAAUCCCAUCGGGCCCACACUCCUGGCCGGGCUCGUCGUCUACGCCACAGCCCGUGUGCUCAAAGCCUGCUCACCCAAGUUUGGCAAGCUGGUGGCUGAGGAGGCGCACAAGAAGGGCUAUCUGCGCUUCAUGCACUCGCGCAUCAUUGCCAAUGUGGAAGAGAUCGCCUUUUAUCGAGGGCACAAGGUAGAAAUGAAACAACUGCAAAAAAGCUACAAGGCUUUGGCAGAUCAAAUGAAUCUCAUUUUGUCCAAACGUUUAUGGUACAUCAUGAUAGAGCAGUUCCUGAUGAAGUAUGUCUGGAGUAGCUGUGGUAUGAUUAUGGUUGCUGUGCCUAUCAUCACCGCAACGGGAUUUGCAGAUGGCGAAUUGGAAGAUGGCCAGAAACAGGCAAUGGUUAGUGAAAGAACAGAAGCUUUUACUACAUCACGAAAUUUGCUGAUCUCUGGAGCAGAUGCUAUUGAAAGGAUUAUGUCUUCAUACAAAGAGGUUACGGAGCUAGCAGGCUACACCGCCCGUGUCUACAACAUGUUUUCGGUUUUUGAUGAAGUGAAGAGAGGCAUCUACAAAAGAACUGCUGUUAUUCAAGAGUCUGAAAACAACAGCAAGAAUGAAGAUAAAGCAGAAUUACACAUCGAUGGGCCCUUAGAAAUCAAAGGGAAAGUUAUUGAUGUUGAUCAUGGAAUUAUUUGUGAAAAUGUUCCUAUUAUUACUCCGAAUGGCGAUGUGGUGGUUUCCAGACUAAACUUCAAAGUCCAGGAGGGGAUGAAUCUUUUAAUCACGGGACCCAAUGGCUGUGGAAAGAGUUCGCUCUUCAGAAUUUUAAGUGGUUUGUGGCCUGUGUAUGAAGGAGUUCUCUACAAACCCCCUCCACAGCACAUGUUUUAUAUACCACAAAGGCCCUACAUGUCCAUUGGAACGCUACGUGAUCAAGUCAUCUAUCCAGACUCAGUGGAUGACAUGCAUGAGAAAGGCUACCAAGAUCAGGAUCUGGAGUGUAUCCUGCAUAUGGUUCAUCUGUACCACAUAGUUCAAAGAGAAGGAGGCUGGGAUGCCAUCAUGGAUUGGAAAGAUGUCUUAUCAGGAGGAGAGAAACAAAGGAUGGGCAUGGCUCGGAUGUUUUACCAUAAGCCGAAAUACGCAUUGCUGGAUGAAUGUACAAGUGCUGUAAGCAUUGAUGUUGAAGGAAAGAUAUUCCAAGCUGCAAAAGCUGCUGGGAUAUCGCUGCUUUCUAUAACACACAGACCUUCUCUUUGGAAGUACCACACUCACUUGCUGCAGUUUGACGGACAAGGCGGCUGGCGUUUCGAGCAGCUGGACACCGCUAUCCGUUUAUCAUUGAGUGAGGAAAAACAGAGACUGGAAUCCCAACUUGCAGGAAUUCCUAAAAUGCAGCAGAGACUGAAUGAACUGUGUAAAAUCUUGGGAGAAGACUCAGUGCUUAAAACAAUGGACAAAGAGGAAUAAAUAAUUUAUGUUUU